GAAGCAGACGUUGGUUCUACUGGUGUACAGACCGCGUGUGCGUGUGGCCUGCGGCCUGCCUCUCUUGUCCGCCGGCCCUCUUCCAUGGCGGCCGCCGGGGCGUCGAGGAGCGCGGAGGAGGGCAAGAGCGACCAAACGAGGCCCCUCGCGCUGCCUUCCCCAACAGUCUACCCGGCGCCGUCGGCCAGCGACGCCGCCGCCAGGGCCAGGUGGCGGUCCACGCAGUACCUCCGCAAGCGCCGGUGCGCGCUCUGCUGCGGCGGCUGCUGCGUGAGCGCCAUCGUGGUCGUCGGCGUCAUCAUCCUGGCGCUGGCGCUCACCGUGUUCAGGGUCAAGCAGCCGCGCCUGGCCGUCAACAACGUCUGGCUCACGGCCAUCAGCGCCGGGCCCGGGACGGGGCCGGGGGCCGCCGCCCCCGUGGCCGCCAACGCCACGCUCACCGCCGACGUCUCCGUGGACAACCCCAACGCCGCGGCGUUCAGGUUCUCGCGGACCGAGACGGACGUCUACUACGAGGGCCGGACGGUGAGCGUGGCGUACGCGCCCGCCGGCCGCGUCGGCGCGCGCGGGAGCGUCCGGAUGAACGUCACGGUCGACCUCCUCGCCGACCGCCUCGCGCGCGCCGUCAACGGCACCGGCCUCGUGUUCGGCCAGGAGUACCAACUCCACACCUACACGGCGAUCAACGGCACGGUCAAUGUGCUGGGGAUCGUCAAGAAGCACAUCCAGAUCAGGCUCAACUGCUCCACCGUCAUCCAGGUUGGGGGAGCGGCUGCCGCGCUGGAGUACGGGGCUGCGUCCACAGUGCAGAGCAAGGGCGUCGAUUGUUUAGCAGAUGUCACCCUGUGAGUUGUGACUGUGAGUGAGUAGGUUCAAGAGUGGCGAGCAG